ACAGUCAUUUUCAGUCUUGGCGUCCACUCCGCGCGGUCCGCCUGUCGUUAUCCAUAAAAAUAAAUAAUAAUAGUAACGAAGGAUUUUCCACCUCUUAGAUUUUUUUUGGGUGACGACAAUAAAUUGUGUGUAACCUUAGUGGAAACAGUGUUAAGGAUGUUAAAGGAUUCUUCUUUGUAAGGACCUCAUCAAUCACAGAAACGACCACAAUUGACUAUAGUUAGGCGAAAGACCGCGGACGAUCGAGAUUACCCGAAUAUACGAGUCGGUGACGUUUAAAAAUGGCGUCCACCGACAGUUCGACCUCCAGCCAAAUAUCCACCGUGGCAGCUGAUGAACACAAACGAUCAGUCGAUGAAGCUUUUCUGAAUAAAUUGAAGAGCCUCGUUGAACGAUUAAGGUUUGAAAACGCAACCAUGAAGAAGUCGCUCGAUAUCGAGCGGAGCGAGGGUAGAGCGCUGAAGGCCCAACACGAAAGCACUAUCAGAAAUUUAAAGACUGAAUAUAAAAAGAAGGAAGAUCUAUUAGAAAAACAAUUAAGAUCACUAAAUAGAACAGAAAAACUAGAAGACGGAUCUAAUAAACUAGUGGAAUUAAAACGGCUUACAACUGAAAUUCAGUCUUUAAAAGCAGCAAAUAAGGGCCUUCAAGAAAAAAUCAAGGUUGCGCAGGCGGCGGAGUGCGCCCGCGCCGCUGAGUUACGCGCGCAGGUUGCCAAGCACAACGCCUUAGAACAAGCAGCGCGAAGAGACACAAGAGCGCAGUGCCAUAAAUUGCUGGAGGAAAUAAAAUCGAAGGAGCGGGUCAUAAUACAACUGAGGAGAGAGGUGGCGCGGACUGCAUCACAAUAUGAACAGUCCCAGAGGAUGGAGUGCGGUGCCUCAGAAUAUAUAAGAAAACGUGGUGAUCAGGGAAAAGAAAAGACAAAUCGAGAAGACCUGAAAACCGACAUACAGCAUAGGAAAGAAACGUUUUAUCGGGAGGCCCCGUCUGACGGCGAUUCAGCGGUGUCUUCCGCGCCAGCCUCCCUCUCACCGCAACCGCUCAACGACAUGUGGUCAUGCGGGCAGUGCCGCAGUUCGGCGGAGCGCGCGGCGAGCGCGGCGCGCGAGUGCACGCGACUUGCAGAUGCGCUACGAGACGCCCGCGAUCAAAUCGAGCUCAUGGAAUUCAGGCUGCUCGAGCUUGAAGACGCACAACCCGAGAAGGGCGCUAGGGACAACCUAACAGACUCGGAUUCGGGCUGCGUGUCCCCGGGCUCCCGAAUAAAGGACUCUGCAUCUCCAGAACUUAAACGAAUGGAUUCUGGGUAUAAAUCUCCACAUACACCGAGCAGCCCUUGCAACCCCCGACGGCAUUUAACUAUCCCGCAUGACGACUUCAAAGAAGACUUUGCCAAAGCGCAAGUUUUGGAUAUUUUGGAUAGAAAUUCAGAAGCUAGUGACUCUUUGAAGAGUAACCCAGUGAAGGAACAUCUGGAACAGAUGAUCCUUAAUGCAUCGGCAGAUGAUAGGAGCUGCUUGGAACAAGUUCUGAUGAUGUUGUACAACUAUCAGGCACUAAGUAGCUCCGUCAGCGAAGACGAGUCUUAUCAGGCAAAACCGAAGAAAAUAUGUGACGUAAGAUUACGAACGGAAACUGAUUUAUCGCACAAAACACACAAAGCGAUCGCGACCGUCACACCGUAUCAGCAAAAAGAUAGAACCGAAUCCCUCGAAAGCCUCUGUGAGGAAAGAAAACCAAAUAACAUAUUACAAGAGAGCGGAAUAUUUGAAGGAGUCGAAACUGAGAGCAAAGAAACUCAGACCGACCUCAACGAUAGCUUCGAAUGCUCCGGUGAACUAAAUACCGAAAUACAACGACUGAAUAGCAUAAGAGAGAAGUUAGAGAGGCAAAGUAGAAAUAGGACGCUUAACGAAGAUUGUUUAGAAUGUAAGUGUGUGAAGUUAGGAAAGAAACACAAGCAGUAUUACGAGAGGAGACUCAAGUUCUUGGAAGGGAAAAUCUCGAUAUAUGAAGCGGCACAAGACGUGAAAGAGGCGAAAUUAGCGCAACGGCUACAGAAGGAGUUUUUACUCGAGAACAGGAUACAUGACCUUGAAUCGCAACUAACCGAACUUCAUGACAAAUACGAAAGACUUGAAGAAGAAUGUUGUGAAUUGGAGGAAAUAGAAAAUGAUACACGGUUACAUUGGCAACAGUUGGAAAUGGACUAUGAGUUGUGUUCAGCGCAAUUGAGAGAUAUGACGGAACAAAGAGAGUGUUCGCGGGCGCAAGCCGAGCGGCUCGUGCAAGAGCUCGCUGAGAGGGAGUGCUCACUGCAAAGAAGAGAGAAUGAAAUCCUGUCGCGGUUAAGCAGUUUGGAGCGCGCAGUACCAGCUUUGAUAGCAUGGAACGUCAUCCGUGCUAUUGGCGUUACAGUCAAUAUGGGAAGUCAGCGAGCCCUCAUGAGUCGGAUGGGGCCUUUCGACCAUGACACCAAGAGUGCAAUCGCGACCAUAAAGCAGAUGCGAAGUGUCGUAGAAAAGCCUUGCAGAUCUGUAUUCACCAGCAGUAACGUUAAGGCUCUGGAACAGCAAGUUACGAAAUUAUUAUCAGAAAAGAAGCAAAUAGAACAGCAGACGGAACAAGUGAGGAAGAGUUUGGAAGCAAAGAUUAUGAAGCUGGAACAGGAAUUGGAGACGGCAAGGAGGCAGAUCGCGGCUGCUGAGAAUGGUGCAUAUGUGAAGAAAGACAAAAUUGAGGAGAAAAUAGAAGAGCUAGAACAGAAGAUACGGAAGGAAAAAGAAGAUGAAAAGCUCCCAGCAGAUCCGUUAAUAAGCAGCAAAUUAAGAGCGUUGCUACUCAGCGAGAAAGAGUUGCAGAACAGAAUUUCCGAACUGGAGAGAAGAGAGACGGCGUACUUGGAGAUGCUGUCUCAAGCAGAUGACAUGUGGGCGGAUAUGGAGGGAGGGUAUAAGAAGAAGAUAGAAGAGUCACAAGCCACGGAAACGCAGCUUAAGGGAAAGGUUAACAAAUUGGAAUCUGAACGUGAUUCAUGGAAAAGAUGCAUAGAACCCCUGAAGAAGAAGCUCCGAGAAAUCGAAGAGUCCGAAUCGGGAAUGCGGAUAGCGUUAGAGAAGGCUGAGAGAGACGCGAAGGCCCUGAAAGCACAGAACACACAACUAUCUGCAAUGUUCGGGAAAGCUGACGUGGAGGCUAAAAAGGCUGAAAAUACGUUCAGGAGUUUGGAAACUAAAUUCAAGAAAGAAGUGGAGCAUCUUCGCAAAAUCAACAAGCAACUGGAUGAAGACCUGAAGAGUCAGUGUGACACAUCGAAGAAGGCUGAAGUUAAAUUCGUUGGAGAUCUCGACUCUAUCAGGAAGGAAUUGUCCAGGGCUUGCAAGAAUAAUCAAGAACUUGAAGUCACUAACAGCGAGCUUAAGGAAGAGGUUGAAUCACUGGAAAAGCAGUUAGCGCUCACGCAAAAAGCACUUAAUCAGUGCAAGCGCAAGUGUGACGAUAAAUUAAAAACAAUUAGUCACGAAUUGUCCAUAAAGACUGAAGAGUUGGAGGAGAUGCGAAGUGAAUCUAUGCGACAGACGUAUCACGGCUCCAGAGACCUCAAACCGGAUAGGACGGAAUACGUUGACGAAGGCUAUUCGAUAUACAAUCCCGCACCGAAGAGCGAUUUUGGGAGAAUGCAUCACAGUAUGAGCUACAUAACCUCGGAUUCGAGAUGCUCUUGUCCGUCGAUGAGGAGUCAGCUGGUUAGCCAGUUGAUCGAGGACUUGUUCGACCGGAUACACAAUGCCGGAGAUGACGAUUUGAACAAGCUGUGCAAAGAGAUUGUACCGAACAAGGGCGAAGCGACAGAGGAGACCAAAUCGAAGAUCACGAAUUAUCUCUUGAUGGCCAUAUCAAAGGAACUCAUUAGGUCUAUAGGAGACGCAGACGCGAAGACUGACACGGAGGAAUGGCAACGCGCUGUAUCAUCAAUGACGUAUUCAGUGCCGUACGGCAAAGACGAAAGUCGAUGGUGCGGCAACGCAGGCGUAGUGCGCGGUGCCGCAAGACUCGCUAGUGUUAGUUGCGCUUGCGCAGCUGCCAGUUUAUGUGCCGCGGCACCACACCUCGCUCCUACUGUGAAGAUUUGUCAGGAGGAAGUAUUAGAACAUGGCGACGUUAAAAUUAUGGAAGAGCAGUUGGCAAACGCCAUAGAAAGUAUAGUUAAUUGUCCGUCUUGUGCGUUAGGCACAAAUGCGAUAGUAUGGAGCACGGACGUCUAAGGACAUUUAACGGAUUUCAAUCAUACAUGGCCUCCACCGACCUCACACUGGUGCCUUCUUUAACAUAGAAAAACUGUAUAUACUUUGUAUAAUAAACAUAGACUUACUAAAUACUAUUUAACAUUGUAUCGAACAAGACAUUGUACCUCUUCGACAUGAGUUUCUUCCGUGCCAAUUGUGUUUCGAUUUUUUGUGUAAAUAAUAAUAAUUUGCAAAUCGAUCAUUUGUACUAGAGUAUCAUUAUCAUUGAAGUAUUAAAUACAUUAUAUUUAACGAAUUCAUGGAUGAAAUAAAUGGAUAUUUAACUUA